AGCAUACAACUUAAGUUUAUUACCAUGGCGAGUAUUUUCCAACCCAAAUUUUGCCAAUUGUGAUGCUUGUGGAGAAAACGUUUGGGCAAUCAACGAAGUCAAUCGAAUAUAUAUAUUUGUAAACUUCACACGAAUCGUGAUUGAUGGCCAAUUGAAGCAAAUAAGUUGCGGGGGAAACGGAAUAUUUGCCGUAAUGAUAGAUGGGACAAUUUUCCAACGAAUUGGAGUGAGUAGUUCAAAUCCCCAAGGGACGAAAUGGGUUGGAUAUUCAAAUGCACCUUUAAGACAAAUCUCGUCUGGGAAUUUUGGAGUUCUUUGGGGAGUUAGCUUCGAAAAUACGUCAGUCUAUCGCCAAGGAGACAAGUGGAUUGAUUCUGGUGAAAUGUGUUCAUGGGUGUCUUGUGGUGGUUUUGGCUGUUGGAUAGUGAAUGUCAAUGGUUCGGCUAGUUUUAGGUAAGAAAUAUUCGGGGGCGACGCUAGGGGGGGGGAGGGUUGUGCGGGUUGUCGUCAGGUGGUCGGCAAAAUAUUGAAUCCAGGUCGGAAAAUCAUGAACCCAACUUAACCCAAAAGAAAAUGAAAAAUAUAAUGUCCGGAAAAAAUUAUUAUGUUGAGCCAGCAAACCUCCCCCCCCCCAUUCAAAUAGGUCUAGCGCCGCCCUUGUAAAUAUUGAAUAUUAUUGCAACAGUACAAUGGACUCGGACACCCAACCUUUUACAACUUAAAUAGCCGUCGGCAAGACAGCGACGUGCUAUCAAUACAAUGCGAUUAAUCCUAUACCAAAAGAAAUGAAUAAUGGAAAGUCUAGCAGGGGGUUUAGACGUUGUCCAAGCUCUGUCGACAAAGGCAAGAUGCAUAUGUUUACGUCUCGUAUAGUACGCUAACAUUUCAGGCCGUGGUAGGUAGUUUUUCUAGCACAGUUGAUCAAAAUUUCUCUGAAGGUUAAAGCUCUGUUUUACACGUUCGGAACUGUAUUUAAUUAGCCUUUCUCACGAUGACGAAUAUCCGCCAUUUUUGGGUGGCAUCUAAUUCUCGUUAACCAAUGCAGACAAUUAAAACAAUGUGAAAUUAGCAAUUUUUCAAAAUAUACUAACAUUUCCAGGUAAUCUGAAAACACCGAAAAGGACUGGCACUAGUUGCCAAAUAGAAAUCCAUUUUUCGAUUAAUGCAAGUUUCUCCUUAAAUAUACUUUAGUUUGUUCCAAAAUUUACGGUGUAGAUUGAUAACCCUCUUUACUAAACAUAAUUACAAAGUUUCAGCGAGUUUCAUAAAGAAAAAGCAAAGAUCUAAGCGAUUAAAAAUAGCAAAAUGGAUUUCAUUCUCGUACCCAGAGCCCUUCUUACGCGCGGUGAAUGGAUUUCUAAUCUGUUGCUAGUUCCAGACCUUUUGCUCAUGGUCAGAUCAGCUAGUUACAGAGCAAAUUUACCAUCAUUCGUCCAAAAAUUAUAAAAAGUCGCUGUUAUGUGGACUUACUCGCAGACUUCGGCUGAGAAUCCACCCAAAAAUGGCGGCGUGAGAAAGCCUAAUUCAUACGAAAGUGUAAUACACGACAAUAUUUUCAUACAAUCAUUUAUUUCAAACGGUUUAGCUUGCCAUCGUCCUGACGUCAUCGUCUCGUAUACCCUGUGAAAAUAUACUACUAUUUAGCAACCAUUAUUAUAAUAUUAUUGUUAAUAUUUGAAUUUUAAAAUUGAUAUAGGACUGGUGUCAACUCGAGUGAUCCUGGAGGUCUGACGUGGGUCAACACUGGGGGGUCAUUUAAGCAGUUGGAUACAGGGGUUCGCGGGCAGGUCUAUGCUGUGGAUAACGAGGGGCAAAUGUAUACACGUGAGGGUAUUAGUGCUGGGGACCCGGUGGGAUAUAAAUGGUCGAAAUUUGGAGAUGAGAGAUUCCUUCAUGUCAGUGUUGGCGAUAGAUUUGUGCUUGGCAUUCAUGAAACAAGCGCUAUCUAUGCAUUGCCUUGAUAUUUAAGACGAGAAUCGUUUGUAUGUUCCGUAGCACCCGCUUGAACGAAUGAAUAUUUAAUUCAAUUUAAUUUUUAUUUUCAAUUUCACAAAUUUAUUUGGAUCAAUAAUACAUACAAUGUAUUAUCAAUACAGUUACAUAAGAAUUAGUAGCUUGAAGAUCCAAAAAGGCAACUACGAACGGGACUCUUGAAAAAGAACCCAUGCAUGCAAGACACCUGCCAAGAAUUUAUUUUGUGUAGCUACUUAAAUGUUACACAAUAC